AUGUCCCUGAAAGGAAUUCUCAAGUCGAUUUUGGGAAAACCAAGUAAAAAAAGCAAUCAUCUUCAACCUCCCAUAGCAUCUUCUUCGUCUUCUUCUACUUCUUCUUCAUCAUCAUCAUCGCCACCAACUCGUCAAUACAGCUACGAUGUCUUCCCAAGCUUCUCCGGUCAAGAUGUCCGCAGAACCUUUCUCAGCCACUUUCUUGAAGGGUUGAAAAGCAAGAAAAUUAAAACGUUUAUAGACAAUGGGAUCAGGAGGAGUGAAUCUAUCAACUCAGAGCUCAUAAGAGCUAUUAAGGAAUCGAGGAUUUCCGUUGUGAUCCUAUCUAAGAAUUACUCCUCUUCAAGCUGGUGUCUAAACGAGCUGGAAUUGAUCAUGGAGUGCAGGGACACUCUUGGGCAGACUGUGAUGACAAUCUUCUACGAUUUGGAUCCUUCUGAUGUCAGAAAACAAACCGGAGAUUUUGGAAUGGCCUUUGAAGAAACUUGUCAUGGGAAGACAGAAGAACAAAAAGAAAGAUGGACAAAAGCUUUGAAUCAAGUUGCAGUUAUUGCCGGAGAACACUCUGUUUUAUGGGCUGGUGAAGCUGAGAUGAUCUCAAAGAUUGUCAUGGAUGUUUCUAACGAGCUGCCAUCAACGGAUUUUGAUCGGUUAGUUGGAAUUGAAGCUCAUGUGAAAGAGAUGAAAUCGAUGCUAUGCUUGACAUCCGAUGAGGUUAAGAUAGUAGGGAUCUGGGGUCCUGCAGGUAUUGGCAAAACCACCAUAGCUAGAGCUUUGUACGAUCAAGUUUCCAGUAACUUCCAGCUCAAGUUUUAUAUGGAAAAUUUUGAAGGGAAGAAAAAAGUGCUUACACAUGGCACUAUCCGCUUGAAACAUUAUUUGCAAAAGGAGUUGCUCUCCGGAGUAUUAGAUUAUAGAGACAUGAAGAUACCUGACUUACAAGAAGCACAGUUAGGUUAA